GGUUUUUCAAAUCAGGAACUCUUUCUAUGACACACUCUGGAAUUUAAACACAGGAGGAAAAAGCGUCAGACUUAGAGAGAGUGAAAGUGGGGAGAAGAGGAGAGACCUUCACGCUGUAGCCCUUCAGCUGUUUAUCAUCUCCUUUUCAACUAUGGAUUCAUCACCACAAGAUUUACUCUGAGGGCCUGAAAAGGACGCAGGGCAGAGACGGGAGGCAGACAGAGGAGGAAGAAAGCAGGAAAGCCCCUGGCUGAAAGAAAGAAACAGCAGCUGUGAGAAAAAGGAGAACAAACCAUAAAGAAAGGUAGGGGAAAGCAGGAGCGAGGAGUUUCGUUUUUUCCACUCAACGCAAGAAAGGAAACGGAAAAAGAAGGAGAGGGGCGAUAAAAAGAAAGGACAGAGGGAGAAAAGCUGUCCUGACAUGGGGUUUUGCACUGUUCUUCUCAUCUGUCUAUCCCAGGCUGAGCUUGGAAGGGUUUGGGCCCAAGAGUAUAAAGAUUCGUACAGAGGGACGCCUCUGAGGACGGAUGGAGACACAGCUAGUUUUCAGCGAACCAGGAGAGACUGGGAGGACCAACUAAGGCACAGAGAAGUCCGCAAUGCACAGGCUGACGGAGGAGUCGAUAUCAGUCCCCUUUCAGACAACAUGACCCGUACAGUGGAGGAUUCCCAGAAAUACUACAGCUGGGAAAGUUUUGGUCCAGAGGACGAGAAAACUGAACGCUUGUGGAUCGACCUGAAGAACCUGCACAAAAGUCAAGUGAGAAUCCACGGCAUCCUGUCCAAUACACACCGACAGGCUGCGAGAGUGGCACUUUCCUUUGAUUUCCCUUUCUAUGGACACAGCAUCAGACAAAUUAUUGUAGCAACUGGGGGGUUCAUCUUUAUGGGUGAGAUAACUCACCGGAUGCUGACUGCAACGCAGUACGUAGCACCCCUCAUGGCCAACUUUGACCCCAGCUUCUCCAAAAACUCCACUGUGAGAUACAUGGACAACGGUACCCUGUUUGUGGUGCAGUGGGACAAGGUGCGACUAAAGGACCGGGAAAAUGAAGGAGCGUUUACUUUUCAGGCAGCUCUCCUCAGUAAUGGAAGUAUUAUUUUCAACUACAGAGAGGUUCCUGUACCAGUGGAGAAAAUAAAUUCCACAGAACAUCCGGUAAAAGUUGGACUCUCUGAGGCCUUCAUGGCUGCUUCACAGCUCUCGGAUUCAACCCAACGUACAAUCUAUGAAUAUCAUCGCGUUGAGAUUGACACCACGAAGAUCAUCAGUGGGUCUGCGUUUGAGUUCACACCUCUGCCCACUUGUCCGCAGCAUACAACCUGUGAACUCUGCCUGACAUCCAACUUGACAACCGGCUGUGGAUGGUGCAACACACUCCAGCGAUGUUCGGAUGGUGUUGAUCGACAUAGACAAGAGUGGUUGGAUUACAACUGCCCUGAGGAGUCUAAAGGUAAAUGUGAGGACUACAACCCAAUAUUACCUGAUGCAACGAUGAGCUCGUUCAAUAACUUGUCCCUGGAACCAACACCUUCGUUAGCGGACCUUGGAGAGCAGCCUGUCACUAGAGACAUAGACUCCAGCCCUCCAGACCAUACGGGGAUUACAGAGAACACACCCAUCAUAGCUGGGGUAGUGGCUGCAUUAGUUCUGCUGGUAACAUUGACCUUACUGGCAGUUUACUACAUCAACACUCACCCCACCGUUGCUCCACCGUUCUACCUCAUGCAGCGACGCACAAAUAACUACUGGCCCUCCAUGAAGUUUCGAAACCAGAGCUGUCACUCCACCUACGCUGAGGUCGAACUUGGUGUUCACGAGAAGGAAGGUUUCAUUGAAGCAGAGCACUGCUGCUAAAUGCCAGGGACUUGUAAAGAAAGCGUGCCAUCUUGAGCAAUAUAAGGGUACUAAACGAGAAUUACAAAAACAGACUUUGGGAUACAAGACACAAGAUGUCCUUACUCCAGCUUUCGUGGUUGGAAAGUGUUUACUGUACCUGCUCUUGUAGCUCUUCCAAGCUUUCUCCGUCUAUUUUUGCUGUUUUGCCAUCACACAGCCAUGUUAUCCAGUGUUUCGAAGGUUG